AUGGCAUCGCUCUUGGGAAUGACCAAGUGGGCCGGUCUCCCUCUCUCCUUCCGCACCCGAGCAUAUGCCACGACCGCAGCGACCGCUUCUCAGAAUACCUCCAACACAACUCUUCCACCCCCAUGGAGGCCUUCACACGUCCUGGAUGAAUGGGUUGCUCGGGAGGCACGACCGGUUAGUCUUCGUCGCUUGACUUUCUUCGGUCGUACUCUCACCGAGGAACGACUGAUCAGCUCCGCCAACUAUGUACGUCUCGAGCUUCCGACGAGGAUCGCACACCGGCUACGAAAUAUGCAGACUCUGCCUUACUCGGCCGUGACAAAUAAACACAUCAGCCAUGUCUACGAGCUGUACUACCAGGCUUUCGAACGUUUCCGCAAGGUGCCCGAAGUCCGAUCGUUGGCCGACAACGACAGGUUCUGCCACGUCCUCAAGGAGACCCUGAAGGAGCACCUCUCCGUCAUUCCUCGCCUGGCCAUGGGUAUUUUGGAAAUACAAGACUCCGUCAGCAGCGAAGCAUGUGAUCGAUUCAUGACUACGCUACUGCGCUCUCGGAUCAGUCGUAGAGUGAUUGCCGAGCAGCACUUAGCGCUCAACGAGACGUUUCACUCCCCCUGGCACUUCCCCAACGCGAAGAAGCCCAUUGGCGGCACCGAGGAUGACUUUGUAGGCGAGAUCUUUCUCAAGUGCAAUGCCAAGGAGAUCAUUGAGAAUUGUGCCCACACCGCCACACAGCUUGUGAAGCAGACUUAUGGGUCAGACGUUGCUGUUCCAGAAAUUCAGCUGCAGGGCCAUCUGGAAACGACUUUUCCAUAUAUUCCAUCUCACAUUGAGUACAUCAUUGGGGAGCUGCUCAGGAACAGCCUUCAAGCGACGGUCGAACAGAGAGGACUGGCCGAGCCUCCACCAAUUCAGGUUCUGGUUUGCGAAGCUGUUCAGCACGUCAUCUUCCGCGUCUCAGAUCAGGGAGGCGGUGUGGACCGCCAAGUAUUGCCCUAUCUUUGGUCUUUUGCAAAGGGCCCGAGGGGCAAGAAUCGACACCAGAAUCUGCAGCAGGUCCCCCGAUUGGCAGCUACUAUGAAAGAGCUGCAGCUUCCAUCUAUAGGUCCCGACCAGAGCAAUGCGAGCAUCGGAGAGCGAUAUGGCGGCUCCCUCGGGCCUCUUGCUGCACGGCCUCCCGAAUUGAAGUUGGGCAUGGGCUUGCCGAUGAGCAAGAUUUACGCGGAAUACUGGGCAGGUAGUCUGGAGGUUCAUUCCUUGGAAGGCUACGGAUGUGAUGCGUUCCUGCAGGUCAGCAGACUGGGCAAUAAGAACGAGACUCUCAGUACAAGGGCGGCGAUGGAUGGUGUUUGA